UGGUGCCUCACUUAUUUUCCUCUUUCAGCCUGGCAGCACAGGUGCAAGGGACGAAACGAGCAUGAAUCUGUACAAGAGCUUUGGAAACCUCAUGGAGACUUGGGUAACUGAUGACACAAGUCCCGACUCAGAGUGGUUUCAGCGCAAUGCUAAAGACCCUCCAACGCCUUCCUCAGAGAUGGAAACAAACGGGCGCUCAGAAUCAGUGGACUCUGGAGUGGAGACGGCCAGCUGUGACACAUGUUUUCGUGCUACAUCGUCCUUUGCCUCAACAGAAAUAGAAGGAGAAGAUCUCACUCCAGCAUUAACAUCGCUGUCUCCUGUGUUCUCCUCUCCCAAGCCCACCAGCUGCCCUUCUUCAUCCCCGCUUCUAUGUUCCAGCAGCACUCAGAAAGACUCUACUACCUCACACCUUAAAUUAGAGCAAGCGUUACAAAGGACUGAUUCUAUGUAUUCAAAGGGCAACUCAAAGCCCCUGACACCAGAAGAAAUGCUCAGUCGGCGACCUCAAACGUCUUUUCCGAUCAAACGGCACACAUCGGAGUUAGUAAGAGGUCAAAGAUCAGACAAACUUGAUGGAAGAAGGACAGUCAGUCCACCUGUUUCCAUUCAGCCAAUGUCAGAAAUGUGCAGACGGACUCAGUCUAUGAUUAGUAACAGGCGGACAUCAGAGGGCUUUGGUUGCAAUGAGAUAAAAGAACUGAGCCCUGGGUUCAUCUACCUGGAGCAGGUGUGUCAGAAGCUAGAAGAUAUUGCAAGACAGCAGAUGGAAAACCGAGCGCUACAGAUGGAGGCAGACAUCCUCGUGGAACACAAAGUCUUCAAAGUGAGCCAGACUCCUGACAUCUGUCAGACUGACUCUGUAACUGCAGAGAAGGACUUAACCACUUGUCAAAGCCUUGAAGAUACAGUAAACGCAGAGCAUGUUAGCAGCGAACCCAAGCAGCGGAAAUACGGACAUUUUCGGCAGAGAUCAGCUUCAGAUACAACUCUUUCCAUGAUGCAUUUAAAAAAAGUGAAUGCAGGCUGGAGAGGGCAGCACAUGAGUACACAUGACCUGCUGGAGGAGCUUGAGGAAGACCAAGAAAAUCAGGAAUCCACAGAGGAGGAGACAAAAAAACCUAUAAUGAGCUGGAGGAAAAAACUCCUGUCCUUGAGAAGAGAGGGGUUUAAUGCUUCAUAUAAAAGGAGCCAACAGAUGCAGCCAUCUGAGAAAAACUCGACCCGUCGAAGGCUGAGCCAGCUGUUCAAGAGGAAAGACAAAACUGUAUAAAUGGACCAGAGUGUCUGGGUUGAUGUUUCGACGUUAGAGAUUCUGAGGAGAAAAGGCUUUUCUGCAAAAC